AAGCAUUGUCUUUAUACACUUUUUGUUAAUUUGUUUGUGUUUAUAGUCUUGCACUUGAGUUUUAUUGAUGUAAUCUCUGAGUAAGAGUGUUCUGUUAUUAUCAAGAUAACAGUUUUAUAAUAAUUAUACUCAGUGCCAAGUAAUACGACUCAAUAAAUUCACAUAUAUUUCAAUUUAUUUUGUCUGGAUAACUACCGUUCUGCGUUGCGACGACAUUUUAAAAAAAUAAUAUGCCUUACAAAGUACAGACAGUGUUGGGAGAAGUAGGUCCUGAAACCUUAGGACCAACUCUCACUCAUGAACACUUGGCAAUGAAUUUUUCACAUUUUUAUCGGAAGCCCCCAAAGCUUUUAGCCGAUAAAUUUGACUUACAUAUGAAGCUGGAAACAAUGGGAUUUGUAAGGCAGUACCCAUAUAGUUCUAAAUACAAUCUGUCUCUAAAUGAUGAAUAUGCAAAUUAUGCUGUUUUACAAGAUGUACAAUUAUAUAAACAUUGUGGCGGUGGAUGCAUAGUGGAAAACACUACAGAAGGCUUGGAAAGGGAUGUUAAGUUUUAUGAAAUGGUAUCAAAAGAAACAGAUGUUAAAAUCGUUUCUGGAACUGGGUUCUAUAUAGCAGACAUGCAAAAUAAUGAUUCCCUGCACAGUACUAAAGAGGAUUUGUAUGACCAUAUGUUGAAAGAACUAACAGUGGGCUGUGAAGACUACCCCACUGUAAAGGCGGGUUUUAUUGGAGAAAUUGCAAGUGUUUGGCCAUUGAGAGAUUUUGAGCGUAAAACAAUAAUGGCAGCAGGUGAAGUUCAAGCCCAGGUUGGUUGUGGAGUUAGUUUUCAUCCACAUCGGGUACCUGAGGCACCAUUUGAAAUAAUCAGACUCUACCUGGAGGCUGGGGGCAAAGUCGAAAAGGCUGUCAUGUCACAUUUAGAUAGAACAUUUCAAGCCCCUGAAAAAUUAUUGGAGUUUUCUGAAUUAGGAACAUACUGCCAGUUUGAUUUGUUUGGUACUGAAGUGUCUUACUACCAAUUAAACAUUGACAUAGAUAUGCCAUCUGAUAGUCAGAGAUUGAAAAUGAUACAGAUCUUAUUGAAUGACGGCAACCAAGAACAUAUACUUAUGUCCCAUGAUAUUCAUACGAAACACAGACUGACUCCAUAUGGCGGACAUGGAUAUAGUCACAUACUAACAAAUGUUAUACCGAGGAUGAAAAGUAAAGGAAUGUCACAAGAGGUUAUUGAUGACAUAACAAUACACAAUCCGGCAAGGUGGUUGAGAAUUAGAUAUUAAAUUAUUGAAAUACUAUUGGUCAAAACAUAUAACAAAAAUAUAAUAGUGUAGAUGUAUGGUGGAUUUUUAAAUAACAUGUUAUGUACUCUACAUUCUGGUAAAUUAAAUUUAGUAAAAUCUCUAGCGAAGAAGCAUUAGUGUUGCAAAGUGUCAGGCGAAAAAGACCUCAAACUCGAAUAAAAAGUAUCCACUCAUUUUUCUUAUAAAUCUAAUAAUUUUCGCAAGUAUCAAUAAUCUAUAAACCAGUUUUGUAAACCAGAUAAUGAUAUUGCUAAGCAUGAACAUGUAAGAAUUAUUAGUGAAUAAAAAUAUUAUAUUUA